AUGUACUCGGAGUGGCGCUCACUGCAGCUGGUAGUGCAAAGCGACCAGGGCCAUCUCAGUGUUCUGCACUCCUAUCCCACCAAUGUGGGCACUGAGGUGGCCAACGCGGUGGUCAAGCCACUCUGCACGGCUGUCAGCCCUGUCGCCACGGAGAACAUCCUCAAGACCGACAAGGAGGUGAAGUGGACCAUGGAGGUGCUGUGCUAUGGCCUCACUCUUCCCCUAGAAGGCGACACUGUAAAGCUGUGCGUGGACGUGUACACAGACUGGAUGAUGGCCCUUGUGUCACCCAGAGACUCGAUGCCUACGCCUGUGGUUAAAGAGCCCAAUAUGUACGUGCAGACCAUCCUGAAACAUCUCCACAAUGUCUUUGUACCAAGGCCUGAGCAACACAGCCUGAAUCAUAUCAGGCUUUGCCAUCAGGUCCUUACUGCCGUCCAAAAACUGGCACGGGAAUCUUUUUGCAUGGUAAGGGAGACCUGGGAAGUACUACUAUUAUUCCUGCUUCGCAUCAAUGACACCUUGCUUGCUCCACCUACAGUCGGAGUGGGAGUGGCAGAGAAACUUGCAGAGAAGUUAAUGGCAGUACUGUUUGAGGUGUGGCUCCUGGCAUGUGCCCGUUGCUUUCCCACGCCACCGUACUGGAAGACAGCGAGAGAGAUGCUUGCCAACUGGAGACACCAUCCACCCGUUGUCGAGCAGUGGAGUCGGGUAGCCUGUGCCUUAACUUCCAGACUUCUGCGCUUCACCCAUGGACCUUCAUUUCCAGUUUUUAAAGUUCCUGAUGAGGACGCCAACCAAAUCCCUUUAGAGAUGGACAAUGAUUGCAUUGCACAGACGUGGUAUCGUUUUUUACACAUGCUCAGUAACCCAGUGGACCUGAGCAACCCAGCGAUUGUUAGCACCACUCCAAAGUUUCAAGAACAAUUUCUCAAUUCCAGCAGCAUCCCUCAUGAAGUGGUGCUGCAUCCCUGUCUUAAACAACUACCACAGAUUUUCUUCAGGGCCAUGAGGGGAGUUAGCUGCCUUGUGGAUGCUUUCCUUGGCAUAUCCCGUCCGAGAGCUGACAGUGCCCCGCCCACUCCUGUCAACAGAAUGAGCAUGUCUCCGCCCCCUUCCAUUGCCAAUACCACACCCCCUCAUAGCCGCAAGCAGCGUCACACAGUUGUCACCAAAACCACAAGCAAGAGUUCUACUGGCAGUGGGAGUCAACCAACAAAAGCAUCCCAACAGCAGCAGCAACAAACUUCAUCUCCAACCCUGUUGUCAAGCCCAAACCAGAGUAGUUUGGAAUCACGGCCACUCCCUGCUCCAGCGCGGCCAAAGGUCAACAGCAUCCUUAACUUAUUUGGCCAGUGGCUGUUUGAUGCUGCGUUGGUCCACUGUAAGCUCCACAGUGGCCUCAGUCGAGAUCCCAGCAUGACUGCAAUAGCAACCCAAGUAGGCCUGGAGCUGAGAAGGAAAGGUUCCCAAAUGUCCACCGACUCAAUGGUGUCCAACCCUAUGUUCGAUGCAAAUGAGUUCCCAGAAAGCUAUGAAGCAGGCCGAGCUGAAGCUUGCGGGACUCUGUGCCGAAUCUUCUGUAGCAAGAAAACUGGUGAAGAAAUUCUACCCGUUUACCUCUCCAGGUUCUACAUGGUGCUGAUUCAAGGUCUCCAGAUCUCUGAUUUCAUCUGUAGACCGGUCUUGGCCUCCAUCAUUCUUAACUCUUCCUCUCUCUUCUGCACUGACCUGAAGGGCAUCAAUGUGGUUGUACCAUACUUCAUAGCAGCUUUGGAGACUAUUGUCCCAGACAGGGAGCUGUCUAAAUUCAAGAUUUAUGUAAAUCCCACUGAUCUGAGAAGAGCCUCCAUAAACAUUCUACUGGCCAUGCUGCCUUUGCCACAUCACUUUGGAAACAUCAAGUCAGAGGUUUUGUUAGAGGGCAAGUUUAACGAGGAGGAUGGAUUGCCUCACGACCAGCCUGUGUCUUUUUUGUCCCUGAGGCUGCGUCUCGUCAAUAUUUUGAUUGGAGCUCUGCAGACUGAAACUGAUCCUGCAAACACACAGCUCAUCUUGGGUGCAAUGCUAAAUAUUGUUCAAGACUCUGCGCUCUUGGAGUCCAUCGGUGCUCAGACUGAAACGGGUAGCAUAGAUAGCAGCCAUGUGACCAUGAGAAGCCAGAGUCACAGCAGAAACAACAGUGGCAUUAGCUUCAACAGUGGAGGCAGCACAGAGGCUACCAGUCCAGAUUGUGAGCGUCCUGCCCAAGCCCUGCUCCGAGACUAUGAUACAGCGGCAGGCCUAUUGGUGCGUAGCAUCCACCUGGUCACUCAGAGGCUCAAUUCCCAGUGGAGGCAAGACAUGAGCAUUUCACUAGCUGCCCUGGAACUUCUGGCUGGCCUUGCCAAGGUCAAGGUGGGAGUUGACUCUGCGGACCGGAAACGGGCCGUCAGCUCGAUAUGUGGCUACAUUGUGUACCAGUGUAGCCGUCCAGCGCCUCUUCAGUCCAGAGACCUUCACUCCAUGAUUGUAGCUGCCUUCCAAUUUCUUUGUGUGUGGCUUACUGAACAUCCUGACAUGCUGGAUGAAAAGGAUUGUUUAGUUGAAGUCUUGGAGAUCGUAGAGUUGGGAAUCUCCGGCAGCAAGUCACGACAGGAACAGGAAGUGCGACACAAAGGGGAGAAGGAGCAUAACCCCGCUUCAAUGAGAGUGAAAGAUGCAGCUGAGGCCACUCUAUCAUGUAUCAUGCAGGUUUUGGGAGCUUUCCCCUCCCCAAGUGGGCCCGCCUCCACUUGUAGUCUGCUCAACGAAGACACCUUGAUUCGUUACGCCAGACUCAGCGCCACCGGGGCCAGUAACUUCCGUUACUUUGUGUUGGACAAUUCUGUCAUUCUUGCCAUGCUGGAGCAACCUCUUGGCAAUGAGCAAAACCCCAGUCCUUCAGUGACAGUUCUGAUCAGAGGGACUGCCGGCAGACAUGCCUGGACCAUGCAGCUCUUCCACCAACCUCGAGGGGCUCGGGCCAAUCAAAAGGUAUUUGUUCCUGAGGGCCGUCCAACACCAAACAAUGAUGUGGGGAUCAAAUAUAAUGUCAAGCAAAGGCCGUUCCCUGAAGAAGUGGAUAAAAUCCCCCUGGUCAAAGCAGAUGUUAGCAUUCCUGACCUCGACGACAUUGUUAGCAAAGAGUUGGAAGUUCAACAUGACAAGCUUCGCAUUCUGAUGACCAAGCAGAUAGAUUAUGAAAGCACGUUGGAGCGGCAAAGUGAUGACAUCUGGAAGUCGAAGCCUUUCCCUGACCCACAGAUAGACUGCAAACCUCCUCCACCUUCUCAAGAGUUCCAGACAGCUCGUCUCUUCCUCUCCCACUUUGGCUUUCUUUCUCUGGAGGCCCUCAAGGAGCCCAACAACAGUCGUCUACCUCCUCAUCUCAUUGGCUUGGAGUCAUCCUUGCCAGGAUUCUUUGAGGACAUCAACUACCUUGAUCUGCUCCCCUGCCGCCCAUUUGAUACCGUCUUUGUUUUCUACAUGAGGGCUGGACAGAAAAGCAGCCACGAGAUUCUGAGGAAUGUAGAGUCAUCUGCCAGCGUUCAGCCGCACUUCUUGGAGUUCCUUCUGUCUUUAGGCUGGCCUGUGGACGUAGGAAGCCACCCUGGGUGGACAGGACACCUGGACACUAGCUGGUCCCUCAACUCGUGCUCUGAAAAUGAUGUACAACAGACUGAUGAAUCAGUUACUACCCCUGAAGACACAGGGGGUGCAGUAUUCAAUGGCGAGAAGAAAGUUUUGUACUACGCUGAUGCACUGACUGAAAUUGCCUUUGUUGUUCCGUCGCUAACUGAACAUUCUGAGGAGUCAUCAGUCCAUAGUGACUCUACACUGGAGGCUGAUACCAAUAUGGACCUCAUGCCCAGCAUACUUAAACAGCCCAAUCUCACUCUGGAGCUGUUUCCUAAUCACUCUGACAACCUGGAGUCCGCUAAAAAGCUGAGUCCUUUGGUGAAGACCAAGCGGUCUUCAAGUGGAAAAUCUUUUCCACCACUGGGCCCGGAGACAAAAGUAUUUGUUGUCUGGGUGGAGUGCUUCGAUGAUAUUGAAAACUUCCCACUGUCUGAUCUCCUUGGAGAAACCAGCACAGGUUUAGAAGCAAGUAUGAGCAACAGCACCUCUUGCAGAUCGGGAUUACUUGAGAAGGAUGUUCCUCUGAUAUUCAUCCACCCUCUGAAGACGGGCCUCUUUCGAAUCCGACUGCAUGGAGCUGUGGGCAAGUUUAGCAUGGUGAUCCCGCUGGUGGAUGGCAUGGUAGUCAGCCGUAGGGCGUUAGGCUUCCUGGUGCGGCAAACCAUUAUCAAUGUGUGCCGACGGAAACGCCUAGAAAGUGACUCAUACAACCCGCCACAUGUGAGGCGGAAGCAGAGAAUCACAGAGAUUGUGCAGCGUUACCGCAACAAGCAACUGGAGCCCGAAUUUUACACAUCCCUCUUCCACGAGGUCGGGGAGGGAAAGCCUCAUCUCUAA